AGUCAGGAGCCGAAAGAAGUACGCGCAGGGGUAACGGGCGCUUUGAAACGAGACUUGUUGAGGUGCGACUGCUGUAGGUCCCGGUAGCGUAGAGCUGGGGGAGCUGCCUCUCUUUGUAGCCUACCUAAGUGGGCUCCUUCUGGGUGGAAGGGCGAGGUAUGAAUUUAAUAAUAAAUAAGUGGCUGUUUUGCCAUUGCAUUUUCUUUUCCUGUUAUGAUAUACAAAUAGGUAUGAUUCUCUUGAACCGAGGCAAGACACCAAGCCUGCGGACCCACAGCAGGUAAUUAGUCUGGGAACAGGUGAUUCCAGCUCCGUCACUGCAAGCCCAUAGUGCCUGCUCGGAAGCAAGCUUCAUUGACCAGGAACUGGCGGAAGAACUCUCAGAACUGCUCUCUAUUAUCUUUGCAAAAUCAUAGAAGACUGGUGAAGUGCCGGAUGACUGGAGGAGAGCUAAUGUUGUCCCUAUCUUCAAAAAGGGCAAGGAGGAGGAACUGGGGAACUACAGACCAGUUAGCCUAACAUCAAUCCGUGGAAAAAAUCUGGAGCAGAUUAUAAAGCAGUCAAUCUGUAAGCACCUUGAAAGCAAUGCAGUGAUUACUAGGAGCCAACAUGGAUUUAUGAAGAACAAAUCCUGCCAAACUAAUCUUAUCUCAUUUUUUGAUUGGGUAACCUCCUUUGUAGACUGUGGGAAUGCUGUGGACAUAAUAUAUCUCGACUUCAGCAAAGCUUUUGACAAAGUGUCCCAUGAUAUUCAGAUUAGCAAGCUAGCUAAAUGGGGGCUGGAUGAAACAACUAUCAUAUGGUUCCACAGUUGGCUCCAGAAUUGUACUCAAAGAGUGCUUAUCAAUGGUUGCUUCUCAAACUAGGCAGAAGUAACCAGUGGGGUACCACAGGGCUCGGUCCUGGGCCCAGUGCUCUUUAACAUUUUUAUUAACGACUUGGAUGAGGAGGUACAAAGCAUGCUUAUCAAAUUUGCAGAUGAUACAAAGUUGGGGGGCAUAACUAAUACCGUGGAAGACAGAAACAAAAUUCAAAGGGAUCUUGAUAGGCUGGAGCAUUGGGCUGAAAACAACAGAAUGAAAUUCAACAGGGAUAAAUGCAAAGUUCUACACUUAGGAAAAAGAAACCAAAUGCACAGUUAUAAGAUGGGGGAUGCUUGGCUCAGCAGUAUGACAUGUGAGAAGGAUCUUGGAACUGUCAUUGAUCACAAGCUGAAUAUGAGCCAGCAGUGUGAUGUGGCUGCAAAAAAGGCAAAUGCUGUAUUAGGCUGCAUUAACAGAAGUAUAGUUUCCAAAUCGCGUGAAGUAUUAGUUCCCCUCUAUUCAGCACUGGUUAGGCCUCAUCUUGAAUACUAUGUCCAGUUCUGGUCUCUGCACUUCAAGAAGGAUGCCGACAAACUGGAACAGGUUCAGAGGAGAACGACAAAGAUGAUCAGGGGACUGGAAACAAAGCCCUAUGAGGAGAGACUGAAAGAACUGGGCAUGUUUAGCCUGGAGAAGAGAAGACUGAGUGGAGAUAUGAUAGUACUCUUCAAGUACAUGAAAGGUUGUCACAUAGAGGAGGGCCGGGAUCUCUUCUUGAUCUUCCCAGAGUGCAGGACACGGAAUAAUGGGCUCAAGUUGCAGGAAGCCAGAUUUCAACUGGACAUCAGGAAAAAGUUCCUAACUGUUAGAGCCAUACGACAAUGGAACCAAUUACCUAAAGAGGUAAUGGGCUCUCUGACACUGGAGGCAUUCAAGAGGCAGCUGGACAGCCAUCUGUUGGGAAUGCUUUGAUUUGAUUCCUGCAUUGAGCAGGGGGUUGGACUCAAUGGCCUUAUAGGCCCCUUCCAACUCUACUAUUCUAUGAUUCUAUGAAAAUACCAUCUGGUUUCCUCUACUGCUGUGAAAUCCUGUAGUGGUUAACUUCUAAUAUGGCUAAAAUUAUAGGCUCUUUAUGCCAGGGGUGGGGAACUUUUUUCAGUCUAAUGGCCAUAUUUCCUUUUAUGUGACCCAUGCCAGAGGGAGGGAGAGCCAGAGGAAAAUGUGGGCACAGCAAUGAAUGCAAAUUUUACUUUCGUAAAGUAGGCUAGUUUCUACUCACACUCACACCCUGCUUCUCUAUCCAGACAAGCACCAUCAUUCCAGCCAGGGUAAGUGAAAGGGUAAGCCUGGAGUGCCACAUUCUGCCCUUGGACCCAGAGCAAUGUGGACUAAGACAACAUAACUAUCACAAGAAAAAUAUUGGGGAAGGGUCAAGCAUCUGCUUUGCAUGCAGAAGGUCCCAGGUUCAAUUCCAGCAUCUCCAGGUUGGGGUGGAGACUCUUGCCUGAAACCUUGGACCGCCAUGGCCAGUGACUGUAGACAACACUGAGCUAUGUGGACAAGCAGUCAUAACUCAGUGUAAGUUAGCUUCCUAUGUUCUUAUGCAAGUAUGUAUUUCAUUUUUGUUAGCUUAACAGUUCAGCAUUUGUCUAUUAAAAUGGCCACUUUGGGCAUAACUUUGUCCUUCUGUGACCUAAGAAAUUCUAGAGUUUAUUUUUUCUAGAGAUUCUUAGUAUUAUAAUUUUGAUAAACAAGCAACUAACUUCUGAAAGCAAUUGCUAAACUUUAGGACAGAAGGCAUGUUUUAAAUUUUGAGAGUUCUAGGGGCACCAGUCACCAGGGUUGAUUUGAUUUAAAUUUGAUUGAUUUAAAUCAUGAUUUAAAUUGCUUCUCUGAAGGACUCAGUUUUAAUUAUUUAAAUCACAGUUUAAAUCAUUAGUGAGGAUUCUAUUUAAUCAUCAUUUUAGUAGUACAUUAUUAAUAUAACCUUAAUACAUAUUCAGAGAUGAAGGUUUCAAUUGAAAGUAGGUACACACUAAGCAAUUAUUCUGAAUUGUUUUCAGAUUAAUUUUCAUCAAAAAAUGGGAUAAUUUGGUCAUUUUAGUUCUAAAGCAGAAUGAACUUGUGAAGUCAUUCAAGAGAUGAACCAGCUCCAACUGUUAAAUUUAUCAUGAUAUUUUUGUCAUGCUGAGCCAGAAUCACCACUGCCAAACAGGCUUUAAAAAUGUACUAAUAAGAUUGUUUAUUCUUCUUCAACAAACAACAUUAACAAAACAUGCACAUGGAUUUUUGAAUGGUUAAGUAUUUCAGUUUAGAUAAAUGCAAAGUUCUUCAAAAAUAACGGAGGCAAUUUCAACAAAUCAGCAUGAGAAAUUUAAUUGGGCGGUACAGUUAACUGUCUUCUUCAUGUUUGUUUGCCUUGUUUAUUGUCUGGAAAAGAAAUACAAGCUUUUCUGCUUUUUCAGGUCCCAAUUUAUUUCUCAAUUUAGAAUGAAUUAGUCUAAAGGAAGAAAAAAAUAUCUCUACAUCUGCAGAAGCAGCAACUGCUGUUAAGAACUGGGUUACCACUUCAGUGGUCUCCCCCUUGUUCAGAUCUACUCCACCUCCCCAAAUUCUCUAUUCCUUGACUUUCUCUAUCUUUGUACUUAGAGAGGCAAGGCCUUGAGAGCGAUAUCAUGCACUUCAUGUACACCACCUGCAGAAUAGGACUGAUCAGGUUAUCUCCCAUUUUUUAAAAAAUCAUUUAUUUUUAUCAACCCUGCCAGUCACAAAGUGGCUGCCAGGGGCACAUGGCAUAACACAAAAUUAGAGUAGUCAUGGUGAAGCUUUUCCCAUCAUUGUAUUUCCAUACUAGAAAAGCUUGACCUGAUAAAUUUCUGCCUGCCACACAGCUGCUAAAGGCACAAGAACCCUGUGCCAACCCUAACCAAAGUCUAAGCUGCCAUCCUGUACCCACUUAUCUGGAAGCCCCAUUACACACAAAGAUUUAUGUCUGAGUAGACAGGUAUACUAUUGUACUGUAAGUUAACUAUACAGUGAGUUCUUACUGAGUCCCUGGUCUUUAGUUACCUGCAGAGCAGAAGUCAUGCCUAAGCCUCUUUGCAAAGUUUUCACAUUUUCCUUUGAGGGAGAGGCGUAUUCUUUUAACACUGACCCAGACUUAGUGUGUUGUAGUAUUUGCAGAAAAUAAUUUCUAGGCACACCUCAUCUCAGGCAAACCCAGCACAGGAAAGAUGCAUCUCCUGAUUGCUAGGGAAAAAGGAAGGGCAAACUACAGAAAUUCUGAGGACUGGGGAAAAAAUGUCAGAAGCAGGAAAAGUGCACUAAAAAGGAGGCCAAAACAUUUUAGUUUUUCUUAUAUAUGUCUUAAUCUGGUUUUAGAUUGUGGAUUUCUAUUUAUAUCUUUUUUGUAUUGCUUUAUGUGAUUUUAUUGUAUUCAUUUAUAUUGUUGUACACCGCCCAGAGAGCUGUGCUAGUGGGGCGGUAUAAAAAUUCAAUAAAUAAAAUAAAUAAAAU